CCGGCUGGCUACAAACAAGGAGAGAUCACAAACAAAGAGAAGAACUCCCACGCGCGCGCAUAAAUACUCGUCUCCUCCGCUGGGGAUCCAUUUCUUCUUCUCUCCUUUCUCCCUCCCAACCUUUUUUUUUAGCUUGGAAGCGAGAGAGGGGAGGGGAGGAAGGAAGGGCACCGGUGAGCUGAGCUAGGGAAGCUGCGUGGGGCUGGAUCACGGGGCCCCACACUUCUCUGCUCACUCACUCCUCCCACCAACUCUCUCUCUCUCUCUUAUCUCCUUCCGAGAUCCCUUUCCGAUAGGACCAUUCUUUUGAUCUUUCCUUGGCUCCAAACAAUUACCCCCGUUCCAGCUGCGGAGAUCCCACCUCGGUUCCCUUCCCCUGAGCUGCGGGACAGGGUAAGCUCCAAUUUUAAGCUCCAAUUUGAGCUACCUCGAGCGUGUCUCUCCGCUCCAAUCCGGGAAAUCCAGGCUCGGCAACAAGUGUCCCCCUUCUUCCCCGGGCUUCGAUUCGAUCGAAUCCCGCUUAAUAGUUUCUUUUCUUGUAAAGUUGGUUUCCAUCGCGUCACCCCCUCCGAUCGGCCGGAGAAAAGGCGAGUUCUUGAUGCGGCUGUGGUCGUAGCGGCGGCAGCAGCAGCAGCAUCUCUCUUUCCACUGGGCCGCGUUGUUUAUUGGUGAGGAGCACUGACUGCCGGGUGCUGCAAUCAUCCGUCGUCCGAGUGCUUCUUGUCUCUGAUCGAUCGAUGCUUGCCCUCGUCGCCACCUUCGUCUUCUCCUGCCUCCUCUUCCUCUCCAAGCCAUGCGCCCGUGACAUGAGAUUCUUCCUCGCCUCCCUCUGCCAAGAACUCGCGCUCUCGCUGCUCGGCUUCCUGGCCGGCUACAGGCUGCUCGGCGGGGUCGCGUCCACGCCCGCGCCCACGCGCGCGCCCGCGGACGCCAUGCCGCUCAUGCCGUCCUUCAAGCGGAAGCGCCCGGUGGCCAAGGUGGAGAGCGCCGAGGCCACGGGGGACCCCUCGCUGCUCGACCUCCCGGAGCUGACCAUCGACUGCAUUCUCGCCAGGCUGCCGCCCGCGGAGCUGCGGAACAUGGCCGCCGUCUGCCGCUCCAUGCGGGACCGCUGCCGGGCCGACCACCUCUGGGAGAGCCACAUGUCCGACAAGUGGGGCCCCGUCAUGGGCGCCGCCGCGAGGGAAGAGUGGAGGUCGUAUCUGUCCUCGUCCAGCGCGGCCGACGGCGGCGGCGGCGCGGCGGGGUGCGGCUCCGGCGGCGGUGUUAAGCGCCGGCGGUGGCUCGCCGCGCUGUCCUGCGUCUGCCCCGUGGUGUCCUGGAUACGGCCUAGGGCCGACGGCGGCGCCGGCAAGUCGGCGGGCCCUGUGCUGGAUGACUCUGUCAUGUCGUGGUAUCUUCACAUGGAAAGCGGCAAGUUCUGGUUCCCGGCACAGGUCUACAACCGAGAGCAUGGGCAUGUUGGUUUCAUGAUGUCAUGCUAUGAUGCAGAGCUCAGCUAUGAUUUCCACACCGACACCUUCCGUGCAAGGUAUCCACCACACGGGCGACGAACUGUAGUCUUGGAGGAUGGUGUGCAAUGGGACAGGGUCAGGGCACCUCCUGUCGACACUCUUGCACAUGACCUGCACGUCUCUGACUGCUUACAUGAACUCCGGCCUGGCGAUAGCAUUGAGAUUCAGUGGAGAAGGAACAAGGAGUUCCCAUAUGGCUGGUGGUAUGGAGUUGUUGGCCACUUGGAGUCAUGUGAUGGAAAUGAGCACUUUUGUCGGUGUCAUCUUAGUGAUACCAUUGUGCUGGAGUUCAAUCAAUACACACCUGGCUCAAGAUGGAGGCAGUCUCUGGUCAACCGGAAAGACCACAGGGAAGAGGGCAAUGAGGGCGACGGGUUCUACGGUGGAAUAAGGAAGCUCCACAGCAAGGAUGAAAUCUCCAAGUGGAAGCAGCUGUGGCCAAUAGAUAUCCUGGAGUAGCGGGAGCAUGCUAUUUCGCUGUUAUUACAACUCAUCAAGUUGGCUAAUUGAUACCUUCCAUUGAUCCAAUCUGUACUCCCACAAUCAGCCGUCCCUCCGUUGAAACUGUACACACGGAUUAGAACACGAGGUGACAGAUCUGGUAGCUGGACACGGUUGUAAACUUAUUGCCGGGCAAAUCCACUCAGACUGCUUAUUAUUUAGGGGACCGCAGGCCUGUAAGAAGUCUACUUCCAGUGUAUGUAAACCGCAGUCUGGGCCUUUUGCCUGCUGUUGUAGUUCUAGAGCAGAAAGAUCAAAUGUAAAUUACAUUUUUAGUUCAAAUUUAUGACACAUUAGUUGCAAUUGUCUCCCUCGA